UUUUAUUCUGCAUGGCUGCUGGAAACAUCAUGUCACAUCUUUGAUUAAUUUCAUCUGAAAAUAAACGACCUUCGAAUUCAGGAGGAAAGAGGUUGUGGAUAAGAAGCCUGACAUCAAGAACCUCUUGGAAAGAUGGCCAGGUCUAUUUCAGAUGGAAGAGAUUAAUGCAGAGUUUCUGCGGGUUACUGCAGUUCCCCUGCUAACCAGAUUCAUGGUCCAGCUGGACAAGCACUCCCCACAGCUACUUAAAAUAAUCAGAAAGAAAGGAGGGACAACCAAAGCAAAAACUGCCAUAAUCCUAGAGUUUCUUGAUCAGGAUGCUGAUGCUGACAUUAGGAGGGAGUGUAUACUUAAAUCUCUCAUUAUCUACCUUGGAGAACGUGUUGAGGACUUGAUAAAAGAAUACACGAUAUCCCAGAAAGAUGAAGCUGAGGAAGAGCUGCAGAGUACCACCAUGGCACUCUUCGUCUUCAGGGACAACUCAAGCCUCCUACAUCAGCCUCGAGACAUCGGGAUAAUCAUUGAUGGUGUGGAAGUCCUGAAUGAGUUGCCUUCUGUGGCAGCUGGAGUGGCAAAGGUCUUUGGACUCUGUUAUGCUCUUAAUAUGGAAUAUCCACGAGGAUUCAGGUUCACCUUUGAGGCUCUUCAAAAGAUUAUGAUGGAGCUUGACUUUAACAAGAUGACCUCUAAGAUUCGCAUUUGCAUGCAUGUGUGCAUGUACACUGAUCUCUGGUGUGAAAGCCCUGACGCCCUGUUGCUAGAGAGGAAGAGAGUCUCAGUGUGA